GGAGGAGCAGAACCAGCCAGGAACUCAAAUACACAUUUACAACCUGAGACUGAUGUCAGUGAUGAUUGGACGGAGACCAGAGAACCUCAGUCAGACGUCCAGCAGCUGUUGGUGGUUAAAGAAGAGGUUCCCCCUGAGCAGCAGGAGUGGAGCUCCAGUGUGGACCAGGAGGACCCAGAGCCUCCACACAUUAAAGAGGAACAGGAGGAACUCUGGAUCAGUCAGGAGGGAGAGCAGCUUCAAGGGCUGGAGGAGGAUGAUGUCACCAAGUUCACAUUCACUCCUGUCCCUGUGAAGAGUGAAGAUGAUGAAGAGAAACCUCAGUCCUCACAGCUUCAUCAAAGACAAACUCAGCAAAUGAGAACAGAAGUGGAAGGAGAGGACUGUGGAGGACCAGAACCAGCCAGGAACUCAGAUCCAGAUACACAUUUACAACCAGAGACUGAUGACAAGACCGGAGCGUCUUCUGAACCAGACACUGAUGACAGUGAUGAUUGGACGGAGACCAGAGAACCUCAGUCAAGUUUAAACUCUCUGAAAAAUGAUCAAGUCUCUGUCAAUGAUUUGAUUGUUGGUGAGAAACUAUUUAGUUGCUCUGAGUGUGGGAAAAGAUUUGGUUACAGUGGAGGUCUGAAGAAACACAUGAGAACUCAUACAGGAGAGAAACCAUUUAGCUGCUCUGUGUGUGGGAAAAGAUUUGGUCACAGUGGAGUUCUGAAGAAACAUAUGAGAACUCAUACAGGAGAAAAACCAUUUAGCUGUUCUGAGUGUGGGAAAAGAUUUGGUGACAGUGGAGAUCUGAAGAAACACAUGAGAACUCAUACAGGAGAAAAACCAUUUAGCUGCUCUGAGUGUGGGAAAAGAUUUGGUUACAGUGGAGAUCUGAAGAAACACUUGAAAAUUCAUACAGGAGAGAAACCAUUUAGCUGUUCUGAGUGUGGGAAAAAAUUUGGUCGUCGUGGAAUUCUGAAGCGACACAUGAUGGCUCGUACAGGAGAGAAACCAUUUAGCUGCACUGAGUGCGAGAAAAUAUUUUGUUACAGUGGAGAUCUGAAGAAACACAUGACAUUUCAUUCCGGGGAGAAACCAUUUAGCUGCAGUGAGUGUGGGAAAAGAUUUGGUCACAGUGGAGAUCUGAAGAAACACAUGAGAACUCAUACAAGAGAGAAACCAUUUAGCUGCACUGAAUGUGAGAAAAUAUUUUGUUACAGUGGAGAUCUGAAGAAACACAUGACAUUUCAUUCCGGGGAGAAACCAUUUAGCUGCAGUGAGUGUGGGAAAAGAUUUGGUCACAGCGGAGAUCUGAAGAAACAUAUGAGAACUCAUACAGGAGAGAAACCAUUUAGCUGUUCUGAGUGUGGGAAAGUAUUCGGUUACAAUGGAGAUCUAAAGAAACACAUGAGAUCUCAUACAGGAGAGAAACCAUUUAGUUGCUCUGAAUGUGGGAAAACAUUUGGUUACAGUAACAGUCUUAAAGUACACAUGAGAGCUCAUAUAGGAGAGAAACCAUUUAGCUGCUCUGAGUGUGGAAAAAGAUUUGGCCUCAGGGCAAUUCUGGCAGUACACAUGAGAUCUCAUACAGGAGUGAAACCAUUUAGUUGCACUGAGUGUGGCAAAAGAUUUGGUGACAGCAGAGCUCUGAAGAGACACAUGAGAACUCAUACAGGAUCAAUCUCUUUAGCUUCCCUGAGUGUGGCAAAAGAUUUGGUUGUAGUGGAGUUCUGAAGAAGCACAUGAGAUCUCAUACCAGAGAGAAACAAUUUAGCUGCUCUGAGUGUGGGAAAAGAUUUAGUUACAGCUGUGAUCUGAACAAACACGAGAUCUCAUAUAGGAGAGAAACCAUUUAGCUGCUCUGAGUGUGGAAAAAGAUUUGGACUCAGGGCAAUUCUGGCAGUACACAUGAAAUUUCAUAUCGGAGAGAAACCA